AUGGCGGAACAUGUAGAAGCCAUUGUUCCGAACUUCUACAUAAGGGUUAAGCACACGGAGCCAAACGAUUUCAUUCGCUUGCCGAACAAUGUCUCCCGUGCAAUUGAUGGCGCGUAUGCAAGAAUCGCAACCUUUCGAACUCGUGGAGGAGCUUGGAAGGUUUGGAUAACAAAGGCGGGUCAAGGCCGGCCUAUGCGAUUCGCCAACGGUUGGCGGCAGUUUGUGCAGCGUAAUGAUGUGCGUGAUGGUGUUCUUCUCACCUUCAACCAUUCACAGAAUCUUGACUUCCAUGUUCAAAUAUUCGGAAGGGAUGGCACUGAAUUUCACCAACCACCUUAUUGUACAUGUGCCCUUCACAUACAACCCUCAGAAAUACCACACCAACAUCGAUUGUAUGCUACGACUGAUAUAAAAGGGUGGGGGACCAUGUUUCGCUACCCCAAUACCCCUUUAAGUCGAGUGGCCUUACCAGACUGGGUGGCGGAUCUACCACGAUUUGGCGAAAGACAAUGCUUGAGUCUCGUAGAUGGAGAGGGGAUGAGCUGGCCCGUCUCAAUUACACGUGAAAUUCAAUCGGACAAUAAGGUGAAUGUUUAUCUUAGCGAAGGGUGGCAUCAAUUCUAUGAUGGACAUAGACUUGGAGUUGGAGAUAUUGUUUCCUUCUACAUCCAAGGACAUUGUAGCAGAGAUGAUACGUCGACAAUUCGAGUCAAAAUUCGCCGUUUCCUGUGGCAAGACGGUAAACGUGUUGUUGUCGAUUCCUAG